AUGACGAUGGUAUUGAUGCGCCACUUGUUCGCACGGCAGAUGCUGUUGGCUUCGUCCGCUCUCGCAACGCUUUUGCUGGUGAUUCUCAUCCUCGGAGUGGCGAAGCAUCCGAGCUUGCCUGGGUUUCAAUUCGCAGAGUGGAAUAUCACGGCGACGCACAACGACACGACAGCGCCGGCGCUACCUGAGCUGCUCGACGAUGUAGCGAACGCAACACUUGGGUUCCAGAAGAUCUUUGUCAUCAACCUCGCAUCGAGGACGGAUCGAAGAGAUUCUGCCACGCUUGCUGCUACUCUCACGGGGAUGAAAUUUGAAUUCGUUGAGGCUGUAACACACGUUGACCAAAAGUUCAUGCCACCGGGUGCGGAAGAUGUCGAUCUCAAAGAGGGUGCAGCGGCGGCUUGGCGGUCGCAUGUGAACAUCCUUCGGCGAAUAGUAGAUGAAAAUAUCUCUUCAGCUUUGAUACUCGAGGACGACGCCGAUUGGGAUAUCCGUAUCAAGUCACAAAUGCGUGAUUUUGCUCGGGCAUCAAGAAGACUUCUUCAACCUCUCGUCAACGGCACCGAUCAAUCACUGGAGGCGCGGUUCUCGCGGCCAUUACCGGUGAACUACGUGCUGGGCGAUGCGAACACCACUGAGCCUAUGACAUCUCCCUAUGGUGAUCUUGAUCUCUGGGAUAUGCUCUGGAUUGGUCAUUGCGGUGUGUCACUGCCUCUGCCUGGCAAUGCAUCCGCAAUCAGCUCCCAAGCACGUGUCAUGUUACCAAAGGAGAUGACGGCUCGUGUCAUGAUACCGAACGACAUUACCGUUCCUCCUCGUAAAUAUAUCGAGCGCGAAUUCAGCGAUCGUCAGCUUGUCAGUCAGUAUCCUGACUAUACGCGAGUGGUCGCUCGGACACGAGGAGGGACCUGCUCGUUGGCCUAUGGAGUCUCUCAGGCCGGUGCUCGAAAGCUCUUAUGGGAAACCGGGAUACGCGCUUUGACAGCACCAAUGGACCUCAUGUAUCGCAGUUUAUGCGAUGGGACGUUCGGAAGGGAUAUGAUAAAUUGUCUUUCGCCCUCGCCAGCUCUCUUCGGCCAUUAUCGACCGCCCGGGUCUUCGUCAACGUGGAGCAAUAUCGAUGAUCUGAGUGAUGAGGAGCAGAAGGAUUAUCCCACGUCAGGUAACAUUCGGUGGGGAGCGAGAUUCAAUAUCCAUAACAUGGUAAAUGGAAAGACGGACUAUUGGGAUCCUUUCGAGGACGAAGGAUAG